GGAUCGCGCCAGGCCAAAGGAGCAUUGAAGUCGAAUUUAUUCCCUCUCCAACAAGACGCCGAGAAGGGAGGAGAAGCAGCGGCAGCAGGAGACGAAGACGACGACGACGGCCGGUGGCGUGGCGUGGCGUGGCGUGGCGUGGAGUGUGCGUGUCCUCUCCGUCGUCGGUAUCUUACAAGCUUAAUCCUCUCUCUCGAUUCCCUCCCUUCUCUCUUUGCUUCGACUCAUCCCUCACGCCGGCCAAGAAGCGAAGAAGCAAAGGAAGGAAGGAAGGAAGGAAGAAGACGGCCCUCCAUUUCCGAAGAAGAGCAUUUCGCGGAAGUAAAGCUCGAGCUCGCUGUUUGUCUGUUUUUGAGGAAAAGGGUACCGAAAACUUCGACCCGUUGUUGCUUCGCGGAACUGCUUUUGGGAGCCGCGGAGUGUGUGUAUAAGAAGGGAGGGGAGGGUUGGAGGGAAUCUGUCCGUUUCUCGCCGCGGAAGGAUCGUGGGCAGGGGAGAGGAAAAUGGCGGCGGCGGGAGGGAAGAGAUUUCUGCUGGGGCUCGCGCUGGCGCUCAUCGGCGCCCUCGCGGCGUCGUCGUCGCUGGCCGCGAACGUGACGUACGACCACCGCGCGCUGGUGGUCGAUGGGAAGCGCCGGGUGUUGGUCUCCGGCUCCAUUCACUACCCUCGCAGCACUCCCGAGAUGUGGCCCGACCUGAUACAGAAAUCGAAGGACGGAGGGCUGGACGUGAUCGAGACCUACGUUUUCUGGAACAUCCAUGAGCCAGUGCGAAAUCAGUUCGAUUUCGAAGGGAGGAAAGAUUUGGUUAAGUUCGUCAAGACAGUGGCCGAGGCGGGUCUCUUAGUUCAUCUGCGCAUCGGGCCUUAUGUAUGCGCGGAAUGGAACUACGGCGGCUUUCCUCUGUGGUUGCAUUUCAUACCGGGAAUCCAAUUCCGAACCAACAAUGGGCCGUUCAAGACAGAGAUGCAGCGAUUCACGGCCAAAAUCGUGGACAUGAUGAAGCAGGAAAAGCUGUAUGCGUCCCAAGGCGGUCCCAUCAUUCUAUCUCAGAUUGAGAAUGAGUAUGGAAAUGUUGCUUCGAGUUUUGGGGCCGGUGCCAAGCCCUAUAUCAACUGGGCAGCAACCAUGGCCACAUCUUUAGAUACAGGGGUCCCCUGGGUAAUGUGCCAGCAGGCGGAUGCUCCCGACCCCAUUAUUAAUACUUGCAAUGGAUUUUAUUGUGACCAAUUUACACCUAAUUCAAACGCUAAGCCCAAAAUGUGGACAGAGAACUGGAGUGGAUGGUUCCUUUCCUUUGGCGGGGCUGUUCCAUAUCGUCCUGCGGAAGACCUUGCAUUUGCAGUGGCCCGAUUUUUCCAGCGAGGUGGAACAUUGCAGAACUACUAUAUGUAUCACGGGGGGACUAACUUCGGCCGAACUACUGGUGGACCUUUUAUUGCUACAAGUUAUGACUACGAUGCUCCAAUAGACGAGUAUGGGCUUGUUAGGCAGCCUAAGUGGGGCCAUCUGAGGGACGUGCAUAAAGCUAUCAAGCUUUGUGAAGAUGCACUUAUAGCCACAGAUCCAGCGUAUACUUCCCUUGGUUCAAACUUGGAGGCAACAGUCUAUAAAACAGAUGCAGGAUUAUGUGCUGCUUUUCUUGCCAAUUGGGGCACCUCUGACGCAACUGCUACUUUCAAUGGAAAAUCUUAUCAAUUGCCUGGAUGGUCUGUGAGCAUUUUACCAGACUGCAAGAAUGUCGCACUUAAUACUGCGAAGAUUAAUUCUAUGUCUAUGAUUCCUACCUUCGUGUAUGAAUCUUUGAGUGAGGUGGUGGAUUCCUCCGCUACAGUCAAUGCGGACUGGAGUUGGAUCAAUGAACCAGUGGGUAUUUCAAAGAAUGAUUCAUUCGUGAAGCCCGGGCUGUUGGAGCAAAUAAACACUACAGCUGACAGCAGUGACUACUUGUGGUAUUCACUAAGCACUAAUAUCCCUGGGGAUAACCCCUUCCUUGACGAUGGAUCUCAAGGAGUUCUUCAUAUUGAAUCACUUGGCCAUGCUCUUCAUGCUUUUGUCAAUAAGAAGCUUGCAGGCAGUAAAGCAGGCGACAGUGGAAAUUCCAAGAUUGCUGUUGACAUUCCCGUCACGCUUCUACCAGGGAAGAACACAAUUGAUCUCCUGAGCUUGACUGUCGGACUUCAGAACUAUGGAGCUUUUUACGACCAAACGGGUGCUGGUAUAACUGGUCCAGUGAAGCUGAAAAGUUCAGCCAAUGGCAGCAUAAUAGAUCUGUCUUCACAGCAGUGGACAUAUCAGAUAGGACUUAAAGGUGAAGAUCAAGGUCUACCCAAUGGAAGUUCUUCUAUGUGGAUUACGCAACCUAGUUUGCCAAAGAAUCGACCCUUGACGUGGUACAAGACCACUUUUGCUGCUCCUGCUGGCGACGACCCAGUAGCCAUCGACUUUUCUGGAAUGGGAAAGGGUGAGGCGUGGGUGAAUGGACAAAGCAUCGGACGGUAUUGGCCAACCAACGUCGCUCCUGGUAGUGGCUGCACUGACUCUUGCAAUUACAGAGGAACCUACGGUUCAAGCAAAUGCCUAAAGAGCUGCGGGAAGCCAUCACAAAAGCUGUACCACGUUCCGCGCUCAUGGUUAAAACCAAGCGGCAACAUUCUUGUAAUGUUCGAGGAAGUUGGUGGCGAUCCCACUCAAAUAUCUUUUGCCACGAGACAGAUUCAAAGCUUAUGCUCACAUGUGAGCGAGUCCCACCCAUCACCUGUCGACAUGUGGAACCCAGAAUCAGAGUCCAAAACAGGAAAAACAUCGCGGCCAACAUUGUCACUGGAGUGCCCACGUCCUAAUCAAGUCAUAUCCUCGAUCAAGUUUGCCAGCUUCGGAACUCCGCAAGGAACUUGUGGGAGCUUCGGCCAUGGAAAAUGCAGCAGCAAAAGGGCACUUGCCGUGGUUCAGAAGGCGUGCAUAGGAUCGAAGAGUUGUAUGGUCGGCGUUUCCAUCGACGCAUUCGGUGACCCUUGCAAAGGAGUGACGAAAAGUUUAGCAGUAGAAGCUUCCUGUACAUGAGCGCGGUAACCUUACCUCUCACCCUAACUCCAAACCGGGAGUAAUAAGCGCGGUGUCCUUCCCAGUGUCAUAGAAUGAAUACGCUUUCGAUGGGGGAUAGAGAGUCCGAUCUCACCUCUUCCCACCAGACGAAUUGUAUCUGCUGUCACAGUGACAUUCUUGGCAGAAAAGCAAUGCAAAGAAAAUUGAAGUAUCUUCUUGAGA